AUUCCGUGGAAAGCGUUCUUCAGUUGCUUUUGUGAUUUCCUCGUGGUCGAACGCGAUUUCGUGAAGCUCUUGGUGUAAAGUUAGCGGUUGACAUUGGCUGUAUGAACUUGGAAGUGCCUGUUCUACAAUCCUUUUUUGCCUCUUGAGAACAGGAAGUCUUUUUAUGUGGAAUUUAAGUUUAAAUUAUCCAAAGGAAAAGUGGUUCGUUUGGUUCGUUUUGUUCUGUGUCUUCGUAUUAACCAAAUACAAUUAUGUUAGAAGCGCACUUUUAACCCUUUGAAGAAUUCUUGUGGUAAAAGAAACAAUGUUCUCUUGAUCCGACGGUGUCAUGUGGUUCGAAACGGAAAAGUAACCCGAAAGUUGAUAAGUUUUUUUUUAUUGUAACGACAAAGUCAGCAGAACCAAAUACAAAAACAGGUACUUUACAGUAACCCUUGCAUGGAGAAGUGAAAUAACGGAGAUGAAAGAAAGUUCAAUUUGAAGAUAUUCAAAUUCAUAUGCAGCACUGAAGUCUAGUUUGUUAAGAUAAGUAGAACCGAAACGGUAAUCGGCUAAGGGAUCCAGAGCACCAACUAAUCGGUUUUGCUGGCCUAAGGACUAUGGAUGCAAGAGUGAAAAUUGUUCCUCAGUCAUCAACACACCGCUUCCGGGUUAACAAACAGAUGUAAUGAUCCAAAGUACUGCCUUACAUGACAACCGUCUCUGAUCGAGUGGGUCCUGGAGAAAAAAUAACGGCAGUCCUUCAUUGUGCACUGGUUUUUGGUGGUCCGCCAGGAAAAUCACCAACCAACUCAGAAAAGCGAUCGGAAACCAAUGUGUUUUUCAACACAGCUUGUAACCUAGUGACGACCGAGUAAAGCAAGCUAGGAAGAAUAAUACCUAGUGCUACUCCAUCCGGAAAUCACAUCCAAUAAUUUUCUGAAGAAGUACUCCUCGUUUUUUCUUAUUCAACAGCCGGAUAAAGAUAAAUUUGUUUCAUUAGCAUCAAUUACAAUUUCCUCAAGUGGCCUUGUGGCGUUCUUGACCGCGAAUCAGCACCACCUUGACCGUCCGCCACCACAAAAACCAAUCUGGAAAAAGUGCAAAAUCUCCCUCAUUUAUUGCAAGGGGAAAGCACUAUUCCAUCGUGCAAAGUAGUGAAUAUGGCCACUUCGACGCCGGCACUACCUCCAUUAUCGUUCAGGACGACCACGCCGAUGACGAGCGGCUUAAUGAAAGCAAAUUUAUUCAUUGCCAUCAACCGAAUCAUCCUCAGUUCCUUCAGCAGUGCCGUGUUCGGAAUAGGGACGUCGUUUCUGUGGGUCACUGCUCCACCUACCAGUUCCGGUGGCUCCAGCUUCAUUUUGGUGGAUUGUGCUAUACGACUGACGCAGCGUAACAAUCAUGGUAACAUUUCCGAGCUGCUGGACAACCUUCUGCGAGGAUAUGAUAAUAGUAUACGACCGGAUUUUGGCGCAGGACCACCUGCUGUGAUUGAAGUUGACAUCAUGGUGCGAAGUAUGGGACCUAUCUCAGAAGUUGAUAUGACCUACUCGAUGGAUUGUUACUUCCGACAGUCCUGGGUCGACCGGCGACUGGCAUUCAGUGGAACGCAGGACACUUUGGCACUCAGUAUUUCGAUGUUGCGUCGAAUCUGGAAACCGGAUACAUACUUCUACAACGGCAAGCAGAGCUACCUGCAUACCAUAACUACGCCGAACAAGUUCGUUCGGCUUCAUCAGGACGGACGAGUACUCUAUUCCAGUAGGUUAACAAUAAAAGCAGGAUGCCCCAUGAACCUGGAAGACUUCCCUAUGGAUAUUCAACGUUGUCCACUGAAAUUCGGAUCAUUUGGAUAUACUUCACACGACGUUCUAUACCGAUGGAACAGUGACCGUUCGGCGGUAGCCAUUGCGGAGGAUAUGAAACUUUCCCAGUUCGACCUGGUGGACUGCCCAGCGGGAAACGUAACGGAUCGAGUCUUCCACAGUACCGCUUCAAUGGGAGCAGCCGUGCUAAACAACGUGAAUGACAUAGAUGAGUUGGAUCCUAACGCGAAGCUGUAUGUAUCGGAAUAUUCAAUGCUGCUGGUUAGCUUCCACCUUCAGCGUCACAUGGGAAACUUUCUGAUACAAGUGUACGGUCCAUGUGUGCUGUUGGUCGUCCUCUCGUGGGUUUCAUUCUGGUUGAACCGUGAAGCAACAGCGGAUCGCGUUUCGUUAGGUAUUACGACCGUACUAACGAUGACCUUCCUAGGAUUGGAAGCUCGCACUGACUUGCCAAAGGUUCCUUAUCCGACUGCGCUGGAUUUUUUUGUUUUUCUAUCGUUCGCGUUCAUUUUUGCGACUAUUAUUCAGUUUGCAGUGGUGCACUAUUUCACCAAGUAUGGAUCAGGGGAAUGCUACUUCAGUACAGAAGAACAAACUUCUAGUUCGGACGAGGAAAACGAUUUUGAUUGUGCCAACGGUGACAAUAUACAUCUUCAUUCAAUCAAAAUUACCACCGGCUCGUCAAAGCAUUGUUCAACAGUUACUUCGAUAAGCGGAAGUGGAAAAACCGAUGAAAACCUGAUAGAAGUGAUUCCUUUAUCGCUGUGUUCGAUUCCGAUAACUCCCGUUAGAAAGUCAUCGAAAAUAUCUUGGGCGGAUCUGUCGUGUUUAGGUGGCAAGGAACAACAUACUCCGAAUUUCGCAAACUCAUCGCAAUCUACGCCAACAGCUACCAUCAAACGUAAUUCCAUUCAAUUAAGUAGCAGUGUUUGCGGCUCCGACGAACCACAAUCGAUCCACCUUCGACGCCGGAAACGAAGGAAACGUACUCCACGAUUCAAUUCCGUAUCGAAAAUUGACAGAGCUUCGCGAAUAUUUUUUCCAUUAUUGUUCCUAGCGAUAAAUCUUUUCUAUUGGUAUUUAUAUCUCUCGCGAAGUGCACGAUUACUUAAGCAGCACAAAUUGUAGAAAAUUGAAAAAUGUGUUCAUCAUCCUGAAACUAGAAUUCAGUUUCAGGUUGAAGCCCUGAUGCAAGACAAACAGGGAAAAGUAUACGAGCAAAUAGAUGUGAGAUCCAGUAGUAUGUGUAAAUUGCUGUUCUAAUGAAUGUUACUAAUGUAGGCACAACGCUAUAGACAACUAGAAACACUUUAGAAAAUUACCAAAUGCUGCCUACUGCAGCAGAUGUCAGUAGUGAAAACAAAUUGGUACAGUUUUCAGUGGGACCAUAUACGCUUAUUUAUUGAUAGUGGCUCAAAUAAUCUGGGAUAUCGCACCAAACGAAAAUAAGAUAACCAAAAUGAAUAUUUUAAAUAUAAUCUUGCAACCCAACUGCGAGAAUUAGGAUAAUUACAUACAGCGUGCAUGUAUAAAAUGUAGCAUGUUUCGAAUUUUUAGUGAUGUAUUAUUUUAUGUCGAUGACUUACCUUUGAGGAUAUGAAAUUCUUGGGGUUAGGAUUAAAAAACUUUGAAUUUAA